CAUUUUUGGCAUUUUGUUCUUUCGAUUUUUUGGCAGAUGUGGCGAAAAUGAAUUGAUUGGAAAAUAAAAAAUUAACAGGGUUUAUGUGAAUGGUGUGCUUUGAGUGAUUAGUGAUAAUCGUGGGCAGUGUUUUUAAUUGUUUGGGUGGACAAUUAAGUUAUAAAAAUGUCUUCGCGCGGUGUUAUGGUUACUGGUACGAACGGUGCAGACUUCGAGCACAGGGAAAAAAUAGCUGUUCAGUACCAGUUAAGUGCCCUGAACAAGUCAAGAUUAAAAUACUGUGUGUUCUUCCACCAUGUGUUGUUCUUCGUGAUGUUGGCAAAGCUAUCGGCUGAUAUCCUGGACAAACUCGACAUUUUUAUAUUGGAAAUUGAGGAAUUGCAAAUACCACAGCCUGUCUGGUGGGAGUACAUCUGGUGCCUGUCUCUGUUACUAUCGUUCCUCGGACUGGCUGCGAUAAAACGUAACAACAUCAAGCAAUUACGAAGAUACAUGUACGGUAUUACAGCGCUUGGAUUUGGACCGUUAUUGUAUUGCAUCCUCUAUUACUGUGGGGACGUCUUUAGGUACUUGUCGAGGGAUGAGGAUGAAGAUGACAGUUCGGAAGUGGAGAUUGAACUUUGGCAGGGCUACCCAUACGGUCUCCUGUGGUACGCUUUCGUCCUGCUAGCGUCACAAGUGCACUUCUUCCAACUAUACUUCUCGUACAACUUGCUGAAAGCGUGGCGCGCACGGGGCGCGUUAAGGAAAGCCGAAUAAAGCACUUGUUAAGGUAUAUCACCAGUUCAUUUGUUAAGCAUACUGUCAGGAUAUUAUGUUAUGGUUUUAAUGUAUUUUUUACGAAAUGACAUGAUUAUUUUAGUUUAUUUCGUCACUUAUGUCAGCAGAGACCCACUAUCGGUCGUUAUGGAAAUCAUUGGGGCAGGCCUAUGUUCAGCAGUAGACGUCCUAUGGCUGAUAUUGUUAUAUAAUGUACUUAAUUUUAAUGAUAUAGUUAUUCAAUGGAGAUUGACUCGUGGGAAAAUUUUGUAUUGAAAUAACAUAUUGAAGAUAUUGUUUACUAUUUGUAUGUUAUUUUAGGAUUUUAUUUAUUUUAAAACAUACCCUGACAGUAUGUGCACUGCCAGAUUUAAGUAUGGAUGGUUAGUAAAACGAAUAUACCCUAAAAUCCGACAAAAGACAACUCAUAGCUACAGUCUAACAAUGUAAAUACGAUUCUCAUUAGUUUUUCACGUUACAAAUAUAUUGAAUGUCUAUUUUAGAUAAAUGUUUUAGAAGUGACUAGUCGUAAAGAUACUCAAUGUCUCGAUGUAUCGUCUCCAUCUGUAUAAAUAUCUAAAUAAUACAAAUAAAGCUCUACUAUUGAAAAAAAAUCGCCGAGUUUUCUCUGAGGUAUAGAAAUCUAAACUUGACAGUUCAAAACACCUGUUAUUUGUUGAGGGGGAGCUACCUGUGUAGUCUAAGAGCACAGUGCCCUACUAUUCACGAAACGUCUAAAUUGAAAGCGCCCUAAACAUAUCUUCGUAAACAAUAAAUUUUAGGGCACAGAUAAAAUGGGAUACAUCACGCCCUAAAGAUGUGAAGCACUAUCUAAUGAUCUAAUUGAUACUGAGAUGCAAUCACAUUAUAUGGAAACUGAUAGUAUGACUUUUAGGUAGUAUUGAACUGUCAAGUUUUGAAAUUAAAUUACAUUAACAACACCUUUUUAUAUACGCACAUGAUAUUGUGAGAUUAAAAAAUACCUUUCUUUGUGAAUAACUUUCAAAAUUCUUUGGAGUUAAAUUUUGUUAACCUCAAUAUGUUGUUAAAAGAGAUCUAAUGUUAAUUAUUUUUAAACGUUAAGAUUUUAUUUAUUUAUAUUGUAAUUUGAAACUUGACAAUUUUGAAACGUUAAGCCCCAUGAUUAUAUUGUCUAUAUUUUAAUAAGAGUUUUGUAUUUUUUACGUACCGUAUUGAUUGAACGGGUGUGAUUUUGACUGAGUAAUAGUUGAAUUUAAAAACAUAUUUUGUAUGUUAAUAGACUUUAGAAGCAAGACUAAGGCAAUAGAUGACAUGUAAAGAACUGUUUUCUCUUUUUAAUAUUCUCUCAUAAUAUACAAAGUCAGUUAUUUAGCCAAAUGUAGGCUAUUCUAUGUCGAAAUCAAUUCAAUAUUACUUUUAAGUGAUAAUAUCUUUUGAGAAAUGAAAUAUCAACACUACUUGGUUAUUAAUUAAAGGCAGUCUCUUAUUUUAUUAAUUUUAUAAGUUAUUACAAAGGUUUUUUGAUAUGAAAUGAGAACUAAUAAUUUUUGUGAAUCGGUCAACAAACAUAAGGGUGCUUACAUAAAGGUGGCUCUUGGCUUUAGUCUUCGUGGGCAUUUGUUAUCAUGGGGCUUUUUAAACAGACUUAUUGUGGUACCAGCCUCUUUGUGAAAGCACCUUAAUGUUACAACUAGUUGGACAAACUUGGUAAUUACUUGUUGGGUUCUUAUUGGCGGUCAAGCUGUAGAUCCUGGCUACACAGGAGUUGCAGCGGUAGAAACGAGAGGUGGGAAUAGUCUCGUAUUUGAUUAUGGCCGAACAAAAUGAAAGUGCAUUCUAAAGAUAGGUGUUCACAGUGCUUAGUGAGCGUUUUUACUAUACAAUCACAUUGCAAUAAAUUGUAGAUUUGUAUGACACACUGUCGUGUGGUAUGUGGACAUAUUUUUGUUGUGUCAUGACACGUUAACGCGCUCACUUAUGUCAAACUCGCACUAUGCACGUUGAAAUUUUAUCAACUGAUACAGUCUUCAAAAAUUACUAUGUGUACUAAGCCUUAAAAAUUACGUCCUCUCACUCAAAGGCCUACGUUUUG